AUGCCCGAUACUGCAGCCGUCAUCAAACAAGUCCAAACAGAGGCCCAGGAGCGUAUAAAAGAGGUCAUGAAGUUCACUACCGUCUUCGUCACCCUCGCCAUCUUCGCCUCCUCUGCUUUCGCAGCAGCUGUCGCCGAUGACGAAACAGCGGUCAUUGCUCGUGCUCGCAGCGAGGAUGCUGCUGGAAGUGUCGAUCUUCUCAAGCGCGCUUGCAACUAUAACACGCCUUGCAAGGGAUACUACUGGUCCAAAGGGCUCCACUGUGGCGAUGGCAACUAUGGAUGCGUCUACGGCCACGUCUACCAGGUUGGGUGA